UUCGUUUCGUGCGUGUUAGUUCGUUCGUUUUUGAGUUUGGUUUGGUCUUAUGUUUGUUUUGUGGCACUUUUCUACUUCUUUCGUUUUAAACUAUGUAUUUUUGUGUUGUUUUAUCAAUAACAUAGUAAACUAAGCUAAUCACAGUGACAAAACUAAGAUCCAAUACGUUAGUUUCGCUACGUUUAAUAAGUUGCUUACAUAGUUGUGUGAUGCUGUGUUUUCGACACCAAUGAAAGUGAUCGUGAUCGCUGUCGCCAAUUAAUAGUUUUAUCAAUUAGGAGUUAUAAGAUGAAGACAACCUCGUCACUAACAGAUAAACAGCGAAAAUUGAUAGAUACAUCUGUACUGCCAGUGUGCCAUACGAGGUGAUGCAGCCAUGUCAUCGGUGCACUGUGUGGUGGUGUGGGAGUGGCAGUCGGAGGGGCUGUGGCUGCCGCACACGCCGGGCGUGGCUCGUACGCUCGAGCGUGCUCACGCCAAGAAACUCACGCGCGUCGUGUUGGCAGACGCAGAUCCCGCACUAAAGGGGCAUUAUGUCAAUCUGAGAACGCUUACACAAUGUUCUGAUACGGGUGAUGGCGGCACCGUAGAGUGCCCGGUGCGGCGCUCGUGCUACAGCGUGCAGUCGGCGGGCGGGCGCGGCGUGCGCUGGGAGUGGAGCCGCCUCGGCCGCGACCAGCUGUGUGUGGAGCCGCUGCCCAUGGAGGUGCAAUGCCGCCUGGAGGAAGCGUGGUGCCGCGGCGCGGAGUCGCUGUCGUUCCUGGGCUGGAGCGCGUCGCUGCCGCGCAUGACGGCGCACGCGGCGGGCGCCGUGCGGCUGCUGCGCCGGCGCACGCAGCCGCCCUACCCGCUUACCAGGAGCGAGGCCGAACUUGCUACUAACACAGGUCGCCGCGCCCGCAUCCCACAGCAGCACACGGGGUCCAGCGUGCAUUCAUUGCAGUCCGUGCAGUCGGUGACCUCCGCCAACUCCGCGCUGAGCCAGCAAUGUAUAGCGCCCGCCGCGGUGCGCUCGGGCGGCGCUAGGAGCGCGUCGCCGCCGCGGAAGCCCGGGCUGGCGAGGCAGAUAUUGCACAAUUUGAACAUUUUCAGUCACACCAAAUCGGCGCAGACCCUGCCAUCGGACAACAAGCGCGCCGCCGACCUGGCCUCGGCCGAGGAGCCCCGCACCGACGACAGCGGCUCCGGCCGCAGGCACAGCGUGGACACAGUGUCUACCUACCUCAGCCACGAGAGCAAGGACAGCUUGCAGCAAGCUUCGGCUGGCUCCUUGCUGAACUGCAGCGCGGGCAGUGACGACGUGUUCAUCCCCACCGCGACUCUGCCUCCCCCCACCACACACGAGGAGGAGGUCCCCAUCUCCGACGGUAGCAUUGUUGGGCUGGACGCGGGCGCGGCGGCGCUGUGCGCGUGGGUGCGCGCGGCGCCGCAGCCGCAGUGGGGCGCGCGCUGCCCGGCCUGCGCGCGCGCACUGGCCGCCUCGCCGCCCGCCGUGGCGCUGCGCGGCUGCCAGCACAUGCUGCACCUGCACUGCCUCAACCGGCAGCUGCUGGCGCUGCGCGAGCGGCAGGAGGAGCUGUACAUUAGAUGCCUGCAGUGCGGCCGCGUGUACGGUCGGCCGGCGGCGGUGCCCGCGCCCGCGGCCGGCGCGCAGCCCGCGGGCGGCAUGGCGUGGAGCCUGCAGCCCGCCGCCGCGCUGCUCCCGCGCCACCCGCACGCCGCCUGCAUACUGGUGACGUACACGUUCCGCUCGGGGCUCCAGUCGGCGCAGCACCCGCGGCCCGGGGCGCCGUACUACGCGGUGGGGUUCCCGCGCCGCUCGCUGCUGCCCGACACGGCUCUGGGGCGCGCCGUGCUGCGGGCGCUGUGCGCCGCCUGGCAGAGCGGGAGGCUGUUUUCUGUUAGUACGUCCCGAACUACCGGGCGCGAGCACGUGGUGGCUUGGACGAUCCCCCCUCCCCCCUCCAGCCGCGAGCAGUACGAGCCGCCCGCCGACCCCGAGCGGCUGCUGGCCGACACGCUCGCCAACCUCAACGCGCUGCUCGCCCCCCCCACCCCGCCGCUGCCGGGGACGUGAUUCACCGUAUCGAUCAUAGAUGGCGUUGUGCAAAACAUACAUAGAUACAUAUAAUCACGUCUAUAUCCCUUGCGGGGUAGACAGAGCCAACAGUUUUAAAAAGACUAACAGGCCACAUUCAGCUGUUUAGCUUAAUGAUAGAAUUGAGAUUCAAAUAGUGACAGGUUGUCAGACUGUCGCCUAAAAGAAGAAUCCCAAGUAUAUAAGCAUAUCCCUUAGUCGCCUUUUACGACAUCCAUGGAAAAUAGAUGAAGUGGUCCUAUUCUUUUUUCCAAUGGUGCCGGGAACUACACGGCACGGCGUUGUGAAAAAUAUUGAAGUUAUCGCGUAUAGUAUUGUUAUAACGCCUUUUGCGUAGUAUGAAGUACUGCCACUGUUUAGUACGUGAACUCUAUACAUAGAUGGCGUUGUUUAGAAUAUAACAUUUCAAAGGGAAUCGAAAAUUUUUGAAUUUUGAAAUAACCGCCAGCUACUAUUCUUGCCCCGCUGAUUUGUACGGAAAUGAAUGAUUGAUCUCUGAUGGCGUUGUUAGCAAUUUUGAAGAGCAAAUAGCAUUAAAGUUUUAUAUCGACGUUAACUUUAUUUUGAAAGAGUAGUGAAGUGUUUUGAUUUUAAUGCGAGAAACAUCCAGAAUGCUUUAUUUUAAUGCGAGAAACAAUGUAAAACACCCUAAUUGCCUUAUUUUAUUUAAUGGUACAAACAAGAUAAAAAUCCAGAUAUUUCUGAAAUGCGAGAAACAAGGUAUCCAGAGAAUUUUAAAAAAAGUAUACAUAUUUAAUUAGGCAAUUUGCUCUCUUAUUUAGUCAACUCAGUAUUACAGAACUGACUGACUGCGUUAGGAUUUGCAUUUAUUUAUAUAAUUAUUACUCAUUACUAUUAUUUUAACCGUAACAUUUAAAAGAUUAUUUACUACCUUUUGUCCUUUACCCUUUACUGUAUUAAAUUUAGAAAAAGUCUGAUUUGAUGGUAGAAAGGAGAAUAGAAUUACCCAAUAAAAGUUAACUAUAGUUAAAAAAGUGGUUAUUUGGGUAAAUUGACCACAUAACAGCUAACGACCAAGUGUAAUAUUGUGACGUAUUUUAAGUGAUAUGUAAGUCUUCCAGGAUUGUUGUAAUUAUGUCUUCCUGCAUUUAUUUUACAAAUACCUGACUCAAAUGCUGAGUUGAGUUCCACUUUUAUUUCAAAGGUUUUGAGGACCAAAAUUGGACCAUUUAAUUAUCUGAUAAGUACCUAUAUGUAGCUGUAAAAUUUUAUCCUAAGUAAAUGUAAAUUCGCCAUAUUGUACGGGUAUGUCCGGUAUUUUUAUUAAGAAACUGGACCGAUUUUGAUACGAUCUUUUUUUUGUAAUAUUUACCAUCUUAUGAAGCUUGCCAGUAUGUGCCUUAUUAUAUUUGUAGUAGAAUCUAUAUUUGUAAAUAUAAUAAUUACUUGUAGGUAGAUAAAUAUUGUAAUAAUGUAUAGGUAUCGUCUUCCAGACUACGGAACUUCCAAUUUUAAGCUUUAUUCGAAAUAUUUUUUCUUAGAAAUAUUUUAUUUAUUAGUUAAAGUAAAGAAUGAUUAUGUUUAUCUUAUAAUUUUAAUUAACUUUAAGUUAGAAUAAUAAAAUAGCUAUUGUUAAAAGCGCCGAAGGUGUCUUGUUUGUAAGGCUGCUAGCUAAUGUUUUUGAUAUAUGACGAAAUACAUGAAGUAGCCCGGAACUAUGAUAUAUUUACAAUGGAAAGGAAAUAAUGUGUUACAUACAUAUUAAAUUU